AUGACACGUAUAUCGAACCUACCGUUCCUCCCCUGGCUGCUCCUCGCAACCACAAGCCAGGCCCAGACAGAGAUCCUACCCGAAACCGACUUGGACACUGCGCCUGCCAAUUUCCCCACAGCCUUCGCGACAAGCAUGGCCGUAGCCAUUGCGGUAGUCCUCGUGCUGACAACGCUCAUCUGUGUCUUCGCACACUGCUGGCGGCGCAUCUUGGACCACCGCUGCUUCUUCGGCAGCGGGGGCAAGCUCCGCGACCAUGAGGAGUGGUUUGCGUCCGUUGACCGACCCCAUUUCAAGGUGCCAGCACCGCAGUUGAGACCCGACCCUCGCCAGCAGAGCUCCGAACCUAUGGUCAUGAGAUGGGUGUGA